AUGCCGACGGCGAAUCCUAGCGCCGCUGACAAGGACGCGGAGCCCUUCGUGGAGGUGGAUCCGUCGGGGCGGUACGGCCGGUACGCCGAUCUACUGGGAACCGGGGCCGUGAAGAAGGUGUACCGCGGCUUCGAUCAGGAGGAAGGUAUCGAGGUAGCCUGGAACCAGGUCCGCCUGAGCUGCUUCAUGGAGGACACUCGAGUGAUCGAUCGGCUCUUCUCCGAGGUCCGGUUGCUCCGCUCCCUCCGCCACGAGAAUAUCAUCACCCUCUAUCAUGUCUGGUUGGACGCCGAGAAAGGCACGCUCAACUUCAUCACGGAGAUCUGCACCUCCGGCAAUCUCCGCGAGUACCGCCGGCGCCACCGGAACGUGUCACUCAAGGCCCUCAAGAAGUGGUCACGGCAGAUCCUGAGGGGCCUCGAAUACCUCCACACGCACGAGCCCUGCAUCAUCCACCGCGACAUUAACUGCAGCAACGUGUUCAUCAACGGUAACGUCGGUCAGGUACCCAACAACCUCCUACCCUAGCCCUAGCCCUAAUCGAUUAGAACUCGCCCCAAAAUGACGCUCAGAUCUUCUCUUCUCUUCUCUUCUCACAGUUAAAUUACUUUGUCUUCGUUGUAAUCUCAUCCUAAAAUCGGCACAAUAUCAGAUGAAUAAUAAACCUUCUUCUUUGUGUUCUUUCUCCCCGGUAGAAUCAAUCAAUCAAUCUCGCCCCCUCCACCACCGAUUCUGCCGUGCGCUUCCUCUCUCUCUCUCUCUCUCUCUCUCUCUCGCUUGCCUCCUCUCUGCGCUGUGCUGAUCAGGAUUUGGGAAACGGAUGUUGCAGGUGAAGAUAGGAGACCUGGGGCUGGCGGCGAUCGUUGAGGAGCAGAGCCACGUGGCGCACUCGCUCCUGGGGACGCCGGAGUUCAUGGCCCCGGAGCUCUACGACGAGGAUUACACGGAGCAGGUGGACAUCUACUCAUUCGGGAUGUGCGUGCUGGAGAUGGUCACCAUGGAGGUCCCCUACAGCGAGUGCGACAGCGUGGCCAAGAUCUACAGGAAGGUCACCGCCGGUCAACGUCCCGCUUCCCUCUCCAACGUGAAGGACCCCGAGACGAGGGCCUUCAUCGAGCGCUGCCUGGGGGCCCCCCGUGCCCGUCCCUCCGCCGCCGACCUCCUCAAGGACCCCUUCUUCUCCGGCCUCGACGCCGAUGCCUGA